ACGGACAGCCUUGUCUGCUGUCGUUGCCAAGCAGCCAAUUGCAAAAUCAAGAUUAUUUCUCCAUGACCUACAUAGGCUACUCGAACCAAGCCAGGGCUGAGAUACAAAUUUGGAUGAAACAGUGACAGCGGUGAAGUGGCCCAUUUGAAAACUUUUCAAGCUCCACCUGUCAGAAAGCUGAAAAGCUAUAAGUUGCACAAGACAAAAAGAAUACCACAUACAAUGGCACACUGUAAUCUGCUGCAUCCAUCUUCAUCUAAUGAAGUCAACCUAGGCCCCACUCACAAUCCCCAUGCCAAACCCACAGACUUUGAUUUUUUGGCUGUGAUUGGCAAGGGCACAUUUGGGAAGGUGCUGCUUGCCAAAGCAAAGGCUGAUAACAAGUUCUAUGCAGUAAAAGUCCUGCAGAAGAAAGUUAUACUCAAGAAAAAAGAGCAAAAUAAUAUCAUGGCUGAGAGGAAUGUCCUAAUGAAAAGUCUGAAACAUCCAUUCCUGGUCGGGCUCCAUUACUCCUUCCAGACGUCAGAAAAACUGUACUUUGUCUUGGACUAUGUCAAUGGAGGAGAGCUUUUUUAUCACCUUCAGAGGGAGCAGAGUUUUGGAGAGCCACGAGCACGCUUUUAUACAGCUGAGGUGGCCAGUGCCAUUGGCUAUUUACAUUCCCUCAACAUUGUUUACAGAGACCUCAAGCCAGAAAACAUCUUAUUGGACUGGGAGGGCCAUGUGGUGCUGACAGAUUUUGGGUUGUGCAAAGAAGGAAUAAACCCAGACUCCACUACAUCCACUUUCUGUGGAACCCCAGAGUACUUGGCACCAGAAGUACUAAAGAAGCAUCCUUACGACAGAACGGUAGAUUGGUGGGGUCUGGGAUCUGUCCUGUAUGAAAUGAUUUAUGGACUGCCCCCAUUCUACAGCAGUGACAUGACAGAGAUGUACAACUCCAUCCUCCACCAUCCCCUGAGCCUACCGGGGGGGAAGAGCCCAGUGGUGUGUAACCUGCUCCAGGGGCUGCUGCAGAAAGAACCUCACCGUCGCAUGGGAGCCAUUGCUGAUUUUCUGGAGGUGAAGAAUCAUGCAUUUUUCUCUUGCAUAAACUGGGAUGACCUCUACCACAGAAAAAUUAAGCCUCCAUACAACCCUAAUGUGAGAGGUCCUGCAGAUAUGCAGCACAUUGAUCCUGAAUUUACCAAGGAGAUGGUACCAGGGUCUGUAGGUUGUGCAGCGGAUUUUCCUUCCAGCCUGGCUGCAAGUUGCUCAAAUGCUUUCAAAGGAUUUUCUUAUGUUUCCACAGAGGACUAUCUCUAAGGCCAAAUCAUUCAUUCAUUCAGAAAAAAAAAACUAAAAGAAAAAAGUAUAAUAUAUAUCAUGGUAAUUUGUCUAUUGCUGAUUAAAGUAGGCUACUCCAGAAAUAAUGAUGCCCAACAAUAUCCAUAGGAAUGUAUCCACACAGUUGGCCUACUCAGGAGCAUUGUGUAUAAUCUUAUUUCUCUGUACUCUCUUAUAGUGUAUUGGCCUUUUAUCAUCAGCUAGGCUACCAUACAGCCUCUUUCUUGUAUUUAAAAUAGGCCUAUGUUGGAUAUAGUCUACAGCUACACCACAUUAAAUAAAUGAAAUAAGGGGUGCUAUUAUGCCUAGGUCUACAUCUUGUGAAAUAUCUAUUUACCUUGAAUGAAGACUUUUAGAUUUCUUAAGAAUACCUCACUCAUGCAUACAUUUACCAUUUAUGGAUUUUUAUAGGCCUAAACAUCAGUUUGUUCAUUGUCACACCUGCAGUAGGCCUAGGCUAGCCUAACUUAUGAAAUCAUUAUUAGGCUAGGCCUACUGUGUAAAGAAUGGAUUCCCAUUGUUUAUAAGCACAUUUCCAUGUAGCCUACUUCAUCGUGGUGAAGGUUAAAUGUAGGCUUGAUUGUGUCUGUCCUAACCUGUAAAUAUAAUAUUAAGAAUAUUUGAAAGAUCAUAUGUGAAAUAAAAUGCUGUAUGACUAUA